AUGCUUUCUUCUCUUUUGACUAGCCUAGCGAUCCUUACUUUGACUUAUCCUAUCUCCUACUUCCAGCAGGCGGAAAGGGUUCGAAAAAGCAGGGAACUGAUAAAGAUAGAUAGAUCUGGUGACUUCAAGGUAUAUGGACCGUGGAUGGUGGCCCAGCGACGUUAUCGUCGAAAUAGUGCAGCUAAGCAAACUUCUAAUGCUAAAGAAAGUGCUUGGGGAAGCUAUAGCAUAGUGAACUCUCAUCAUAAAGCUGCCACUGGUUCAAGGUUUGAAGUUUUGAGUGGUGGUAUAAAUGGGGCCUGCCCCAUUGCCGAGUGGCUAAAAGGACGAUUGUAA